AUGGCCGCGGACAAAUACCGUCAAGAUGUGGAUGACGAUGUCGAAGCUGACGAGGAAAUGGACGAAUCUGACUACAAAACCCAGAAAGACGCCAUAAUAUUCGCCAUUGACGUGAGCAAGUCUAUGCUGGAGGAACCUCCGCAAAGCAGUUCCAAGAAGGCGAAUAAUGACAGUCCUCUCACCGCAGCGCUAAAAUGCGCCAACCAGAUCAUGCAGCAACGCAUCAUUGCGUCGCCAAAAGACAUGAUGGGAAUUCUACUCUUCAACACGGAACGCACCAAGCUGCGCGACGUUACCAGCGGUGAAUCUUACCCGCACUGCUACCUUUACUUGGAUCUGGACAUACCCGAAGCAGAAGAUGUCAAGAUGCUCAGGAGCCUGGCUGAGGAGGGCGAGGACCCAGAUGGCGCUCUAGUGCCUUCCGAGGAACCUGCGACUAUGGCCAACGUGCUCUUUUGUGCCAACCAGACUUUCACAACCAAGGCGCCCAAUUUUGGUUCUCGACGUCUGUUCAUCAUCACAGACAAUGACGACCCACACUCGGGAGACAAGGCGGCCCGGGCGUCUGCUGCAGUUCGAGCCAAGGACCUGUACGAUCUUGGAGUCAUUAUCGAGCUGUUUCCCAUCAGCAAGGGUGAUCAGAAAUUUGAUCUAUCCAAGUUUUACGAUGACAUCAUCUACAGGGACCCAACAGCAGAAGCAGACGAAAUCAAGCAUGCCAAGUCAGGCGAAGGUCUGAAUCUUUUGAGCUCCCUCAUCUCAAAUAUCAAUUCAAAGCAGACGCCAAAACGGGCUUACUUCGCCCAUCUUCCGUUUGAAGUGGCGCCAGGGUUGACCAUUUCGGUCAAAGGCUACAUUCCGUUGCAUGUUCAAAAGCCGGCGCGAACCACAUGGGUGCAUACAGCCGGCGAAAAAGCACAACUUGCCUUGCCAGAAACUACCAAGAUGGAGGUUUCCGACAGCUCAAGGACGGUAGAAAAGUCGGAACUUAAGAAGGCAUACAAAUUCGGAGGGGACUAUAUCCAUCUCACCCCCGAAGAGACUGCGCAGCUCAAAGACUGGGGCGGCCAUGUCCUUCGCAUCAUUGGUUUCAAGCCACGAUCCAUGAUUCCACAAUGGGCAUCAAUCAAGAAGUCUACAUAUAUAUUUCCGGCAGAGGAGGAUCAUGUCGGUUCAACCCGCGUGUUUUCAGCUCUGUGGAAAAAGCUACUUAAAGACGACAAGGUUGGCCUGGCAUGGUUCGUCGCGCGUGUAAACGCCAACCCAGUGCUGGUGGCUAUCAUACCGUCUAAGAGACCUUCUGAUGAGGAGUCGGACACGAAGUUUCUUCCUGCGGGACUGUGGCUUUACACCCUCCCUUUUGCCGAUGAUCUCCGAGAGACGGACAAAAGGGAUAUGAUCAAGGCGCCGGAAGAGCUGACAGCAAAGAUGCGAAAGGUUGUAGGCAAUCUCCACUUACCAAAGGGAACAUAUGACCCGGCCCGAUAUCCCAAUCCGGCCUUGCAGUGGCACUAUAAAAUCCUACAGGCACUUGCACUGGACGAGGAGGUGCCAGAAAAAGACGACGACCCGACUCUACCCAAGUUCAAGGCCAUAGCGAAGCGCGUAGGCGGCGCCAUUGCCGAGAUCAACGAGGACCUCGAGAGUGCUGCCAGCGUUGCACGGGGACAGCGUGCGUUGAAGCGAGAACAUGAGGCAGAUGACGACGAGGACGAGAAGAAGCCGACCAAAAAAUCGAGGAUUGCAGCGGCCACAUCGGCCAAAGCAGGGGCUGCUAUGAGUGAUGCACAGCUCAAGGCGGCGCAUCAGCAGGACAGGCUUGCCAAGAUGACAGUAGCUGAUCUCAAGGCCAUAUUAACUUCCAGGGGAAUCAGUCCUGUAGGGAAGAAGGUUGAGUUGGUUGAGAAGCUGGAGCAGUGGAUCGAGGAUAACCUGUGA